AUGGACCCAGUCAAGGACAGCAUCAAAGGGGAAGGUCCCCCGAACAGAUGUCAGCCAGGGCACCCUGCCCUAGCUCUACCUGGGCUCGCAUGGACCCAGUCAAGGACAGCAUCAAAGGGGAAGGUCCCCCGAACAGAUGUCAGCCCAGGGCACCCUGCCCUAGCUCUACCUGGGCUCGCAUGGACCCAGCUACGGAUAGCAUCGGCAGCAUCAGCUGGAACGGCUCACUCCCACAGCAUCACAAACAAAUCACUCACAAGCAUCACAACACUGGAAGUCAUCCCCACAGGAAAUCACUCCCCACAGCAUCACAACGCUGGAAAUCACUCCCCACAGCAUCAGGAAAUCACUCCCCACAGCAUCACAAAAUCACACAGCAUCACUGGAAAUCACUCCCCAGCAUCAAACACUGGAAAUCACUCCACAGCAUCACAGGAAAUCUGCAUCAAAACACUGGAAAUCACUCCUCACAGCAUCACAACACUGGAAGUCACUCCCCACAGCAUUACAACACUAGAAAUCACUCCCCACAGCAUCACAACGCUGGAAAUCACUCCCCACAGCAUCACAACACUGGAAAUCACUCCUCACAGCAUCACAUCGCUGGAAAUCACUCCCCACAGCAUCACAACACUGGAAAUCACUCAUCAACCACUCCCACAAUCAACACUGAAAUCACUCCAACAGCAUCAAACACCGGAAAUCACUCCUCAGCACAGCAGGAAGUCACUCCCACACAGCAUGGAAUCACUCCCAGCAUCACAACGCUGGAAAUCACACAGCAUCCCAAAAUCACGCAUCACAAAAUCACUCCCCACAGCAUGGAAAUCACUGGCAUCAGCUGGAAAUCACUCCCCACAGCAUUGCACUCACACUGGAAAUCACUCACAGCGGAAAUCACUCCCAACAGCAUUCACCCUCAGAGCAUCACGACGCUGGAAAUCACUCCCCACAGCGCACAACUCACUCCCCACAGCAUCAUGGAAAUCACUCCCCACAGCAGCUGGAAAUGCAACAGCAUUCCACCGCUGCCACCAUUAUACACAUGUAGCGAUCCAGUCGGCCGAGGAAUCACACUGA